AUGACGGGCGCAACCCUCCAACCAGGCCAAGCCGACCUCCCCUCGGCCAAGAGCACUGCGUCCUAUUGGCACCGCGAGCCCUCAGCGGCGCUCCUCGGCCAGAGGACCACCGGUGCCUUGCCCCCGACUGCAGACAUCGUCGUUAUUGGUAGCGGCAUCACGGGCGCCUUCGCCACCAAGGAGCUGCUAGAGCGGCAGGCGGGGAAGACGGUACUUCUCCUCGAGGCGCGGGAGAUCUGUUGGGGUGCUACCGGGCGGAACGGCGGCCACUGCCAGCCAGUGGCCUACAACCCCAACACCACCAUCGCGGACUUUGAGCUCCGCAACUACACCCAUCUCGCCGACCUUAUCGCCGCCAACGCCAUCCCUUGCGACUGGGUGCCCCUACAGGGCGUCCACGCCCUCCUGACGCCGGACCUCGUCACCGCCGCCGCGGAGCAGAUCGCGGCGCUGCCGCCUCGCCUUUCGGGGCUUGCGAGGCUGGUCACCGACCCGGGGGAACUGAGAACCCUAAAGGUCCCCAAUGCGGCGGGCGCUGUCGUGCAGGAGAGGGCGGCGAGCGUGUGGCCCUACAAGCUCGUCGCGUGGAUCUUCGAGGAUCUGCUGCGACGCUUCGGGCCCGGUCCUCGGUCAAAGUCCGGGUCCGGGGCGGAGACGACAGAAUCGGAGAAUGGGUGGUUCAACAUUCAAACCAACACUCCCGUGACCCGCCUCCAGCGCCUACCCAGCAGCGGCCGCACCUCUUCUCCCUCCGGCGAGGCAUCGUGGGUCGUCCACACGGACCGCGGGCAGGUCGCCGCUAGUAAAGUCCUCCUUGCAUCCAACGCCUACACGAGCCGGCUCCUCCCCUCGUUUGCAGACCUCGUCGUCCCCGUGCGGGGGCAGGUCGCCGCGCUCCUGCCCGAGCCCCGCGCUGAGCUGGGGCGGAGCUACGUGUUCAUGGCGAGCUCCGACGCUGCCAGGGGCGAGCCAAACCAGGACGACUACCUGAUCCAGCGGCCCAGUCCCGGGCUGGAACUGAUCCUCGGUGGCGGGCGGGCGCGCGGCGCGUCAAGGGGCGUGGGUGUUUCGGACGACGACAAGGUCGACCCUGUCGUCGCGGCGUACCUGCGUCGGGCCGGGGUGACGAAUGUCGACCUGAGGCCUGGGGAGAGGGGCGAGGCCGGUGGCCCCAAGGAAGAGCUGAGGGCGAGCUAUGAGUGGACGGGCAUCAUGGCCUUCUCGCGCGACGGGCGGCCAUGGGUCGGCGCCGUGCCGUCAGGUCCCGUCCUCGGCGGCGGAGACGGAUUGUGGGUCUGUGCUGGGUACACGGGGCACGGCAUGCCGCAGGCGGCGCUGUGCGGGCGCGCGGUGGCCGGGAUGAUGACCGGAUCGCGGGGCCUCGAGCUGGGCAUCCCGGCCGAGUUCUUGGUCAGCGAGGAGAGGGCCGAGAAGGCCAGGGCCUUGCCUUCGAUCAAGGAGAUGGACGAUCUGGACAUGUUCCUCCUGUAG